AUGGCGGACACCUCACGAUUAAAAGCCACAGUGUUCGUCGGCGGCCUCGACUCGGCAGUGACCCAGCAAACCCUCUAUCACGCCUUCCUGCCCUUUGGCGACAUCGUGGAAGUCAACCUACCGAAACCGGAAGCACCAGGCUCGAGCGACCCGCACCGCGGAUUUGGGUAUGUCGAAUUCGAGAGCGCCGGAGAUGCAGCAGAUGCCAUCGACAAUAUGGACCGGAGCGAGCUGUAUGGGCAGGUUAUCAAAGUUGCGGCUGCUAAGCCCCAGAAAGAGCACAAUGAGGGUCUGGGAAGCAAGACAGCGAUUUGGGAGCAGGAGGGCUGGAUAGCGAAACACACUGUGAGCGAAGAGGAUAAGCAAGCAGCUCAAGCAGCGAGAGAGGAAUCAGAUGAGGCGCCUAUGGACCCCAUGCAAGGGCUUGAAGGACUUGACGAGGCAGGCCCAAAACCGGCAUGA